AUGCCCUCGUUUCUGGCUACAGCUAUUGCGAUUGCUUUGUCGCUGCCCUGCGCGCAAGGCGCCUUACUUGGUGGCCUGCUGAGUGGAAGUGCGGUAUGCCAGAACAUUGCUACUCAGAUCACCGGCAAGGUUUACUACCCGACGGACUUGUCGCCGAACUUCGUCACUGGUAUCAGUCACUGGAUGACUUCUUCAUCAGAUGUUCCAACAUGUCUCGUUGAGGUUGCCUCUGCACAGGACGUCUCGGCCGUCUUGAAGAUUGUUGGUCAGUCACGUACACCCUUUGCAGUCAAGUCCGGUGGUCAUGCAUCGAACCCUGGCUUCUCUGCUACUCCUGGUGUUCAUAUCUCGCUAGUGCGUCUCAAGGGAACAACCUUGAAUGCAGACAAAACCGUUGCUACCGUUGGCAUGGGGUCCAUCUGGACUGAAGUCUUCAAUGCCCUCGAGGGUUCAGGGGUCAAUGUUGUUGGUGGCCGAGUUGCUGGUCCUGGCGUCGGAGGCUUCACCUUGGGUGGAGGAUUCUCGUGGAAAACCCAAGCAUACGGCUUGACUUGCGACACUGUCAUCAGCUACAAUCUUGUACUCCCCAAUGGAACAAUCACAACGGUGGAUGCGUCAAAACCUGAUCUAUAUUUUGCUCUCAAGGGAGGUUUGAAUCGCUUCGGCAUUGUCACGUCCAUCAAGCUCAAGACAUUUGCACAGUCAGCCCAGGUCUACGGUGGUUUUUCCAUCUUUGAUGCAACAAAGCUACCAGCCCUGAUUGCCGCGACGGACAAGUUCAAUACUGACAACCAAGACCCGAAGGCUGCAGUCAUCCUCACUGUCAAUGGUGGUGCUGUGCCUAAUGCUAUUCUGCUCUCAUUCUAUGAUGGCCCCAGCAAGCCGGCUGCGUUCAAUGUCUACGACGGCAUCACGCCUAUUCUCUCCACUGUUCGAGCACAGACCUUCUCAAGCUUCGCUGCCGGAACACCGUCGCAGCUUCAGGGAGGUUCUCGUGGCGCUUUCGCAACAUUGAGUACGACAGGUCUGACCAAGAAUUUUAUGAUGGCUGUCUAUAACGAGUCUCAGCACUACGGGACCUUGUCCAUCCUUCGUGCUGGAACACUUCUUUCCUAUGAUAUCGAGCCCUUCACCGAUUACGGAAAGCACGCGACUGACAGUGCCUUUCCUCAUGCCAACUCCCCAGUGCCGCUCAACUUGUACUUCGCUUGGCUCAGUGCAUCGGAAGACGAGUACUGGAGAGCGAUCAUGCGUCAAUCAAUCGCCACCCUGAAGCAGGUCGCUAUCAACGAGGGCAUCUACCAAGCCAAUCGAUUGAGCUACCCAAAUUACGCCUUGUCCACAACGGCACCGGAGGAGAUGUAUGGCGUGCAAGGUCUAGCGAGACUUCGCGCCAUCAAGAGGCAAGUUGACCCUCAACAGGUGAUGGACUUGGCAGGUGGCUUCCCAAUUUAG